AUGGGUGUGACCAUCUCCCUGGAAGCCUACCUGCAGCAGGUGCAAGCUGCUGGCUACCGCGUUCCCCGCCUGCUGGCGGACGACGCGGAGGCGGCCUUGCGACGCCUCAAAGAUGACGGCAUCCUGGGCGCUCUGCAAGCGUACCGGGACGCGAAUUGGCUGGAGGACCUUCGUAGGAUGCGCUGUCUGGCCCUGAAGGAUUGCAAGCAGAGUAUCCACUGCAUGGCGCUGCGACAACACACGCGUCACAACGGCCGCGCCUGUAAGUGA